AUGGAACGUUUUUUAAUCACACCAGGUAAUUUAAAAUCAACUGCUGUUUCAACUGUUUCGGAGCCUAAUGACCCUGAAUCAAUUGCGCGUACACCAAUAUCAGAUACAAAUAAACAGUUGAAUUUAAACAUUUUUGAUAUUAGUGUAACUUGUGAGGAUACCGCUGUACAACCUGUCAUCAGUUUUCCUCGUACUUUUAUAUCUUUGAAGCAACUUAGCUUUCAAAGCAGUUGGUACAAUAAGUACCCAUGGUUGGAAUACUCAAUUAAAAUGAAUGCUGUAUUUUGUUAUUAUUGUCGUCAUUUUCCUUCUCAUUCGCAAAUUGAAAAAGAUGUUCUAAUUACUGGUGGAUAUUGUGAUUGGAAAAAUAUAAGUAACAUGACUAAAAAACAUGAUAAGACUACUUCACAUAAAAAUGCAAUUGCUAAAUAUGGCGCAUGGCUAUCAACCAAAAAAACUGGAUCAGUUUCGACUCAAAUAAAUAAACAAGUCAAAGAGCAAGUUAUAAAAAAUCGAGCUAUUUUAAAAAGUGUAAUAAGGUGUGUUUUAUAUUGUGCACGGCAAGAUAUCGGACUACGAGAACAUCGAAGAGAAAGAAAAGAAGAAUUCAAUAGUGAAAAUUAUGAUGCAAGUUUGUGUUCACGUCAUGACGUAAAUGAAGGUAACUUUUUGGAAAUUAUAAAAUUACUUUCCAUCGAAAAUGAACAUUUUAAAACAAAUUUUAAUUUAUUACCUAAAAAUAGCAAAUACAUAUCGCCUGAAAUACAAAAUGAUAUAAUAAAAGCUACUUCAAAGCUUGUAUUAGAUGAGGCUAGAGAUCAGUCAAAAAUUGAACAAAUGAGUAUUUGUAUUCGAUAUUUGCACAAUUUCAAAAUUAAAGAAAGAUUUUUAGGUUUUGUCGAAUUGAACGAUUUAAAUGCUCAAGCACAGUGUGAUGGCAUAAUAUUUUUUUUAAAUAAUGUUGGUUUAGAUGUUUCAAAUUGUGUAAGUCAAUCAUAUGAUGGGGCGUCAGUAAUGUCCGGAGCUUUUUCUAGUGUUCAAAUAAAAAUAAGGGAAUUAGCACAAAAUCCGUGUCCGUAUAUUCAUUGUUUUGGUAGUUCCAGUAUCUAG